UGAGGAUUCAAAUGAUACAUGUAAAAUGGCAGAACAGCUUAUCUUGAGUUUACCUUGAUACUAUAUUUUAUUGGAUCUAAUAAUUCUAUAUAUGUGAGUCUAUGCAACUUAUUUGUACUAAGUUCCGAAUCUUUUGAAGCGUUUCCUGGUGGGACAACAACUUGUUCAAAUUGAUACUGCAUAACGAUUUGCAUUGCAUUGUUUUUGUUACACUUAGUCUGGAUCCCUUCUAUGAGAUUCUUGGAAGUAAUUCUAGACCAAAAUGUUAUGCUUUAUAAGGCUAAAUCAAUUUCUAACUAUUCAAUUAGGUUAAACAAUUAUUGUUUGGCAUAAUAAUAGGGUCUGAGGAAUUAUGCUGUGAGAUAGUUCAUUGUGUUUAGCCAAAUUCAAUGAAGUAUCUAUGAUUAUCAUCAUAACACAACUUUAUACUGAAUCCAUUUUCGCGCCACCGUGUUGUUCGUAUGUAAAUGAAAAUUUCAGUAUGCACACUACCCGUUGACAAAAUAAAACAUUUUUAAACCUUUUCGAAUCAAUUAAAAUGAUGCAAAUCCAUCAACAAAUCACAGAUAUACAAUAAGAGCUUCAAAUAAGGUUCGAAAAAUCUAUCGCCGAUAGUUCUAAAUUGGCCUGGUAGUUACCGGAGAAUCAAAAUAAACAGCUCACUUGCAUCCAAUACCAGCGAAUACGGUAUCAACACACCGCACACAUACAAAAGCAACUAUCCAGUGAGCGAAUGAAUGUAGCUUUCAGCUUUGUCUUCCACUCACCCUUCCUCGCUGGCAGCCAUGGAUAAACUAAAGAAGAAAUGUAUUCGGGAAUAUAUUUAUAGAUUUCCUUUUGUGCUAGAGUUCAUACUGCGCAAAUCGGACGAGAGAAUGACAUCAUUGACUGCGACUGUCAUUGGCUCGUGAAAACAUAAGUAAAUUCAAACCAAUUUUUCAAUGGUAUGUAAUUGAAAUACUCAAACGACGUUACCUCAUAAGUUUAAGUUGAAUGUUCUCGAAUCGAUUGGUAGUUAAACUAUUUAAAUCCAUCAACAAAUUACUGAGUUAUAAGCUUCAAAAUUAUGACAGAAAAAGGUUACGCGGUUAGUUUUGCAUUUUUUAGCCUCGUAUAGUGAAGAGUAAGACAUUUUUAAUGCCGAAACACAAGUUGAACCAAUUGGAAAAAAAUAAUUGAAAAGUUUACUUUUAAUCAUCUGUCUUAUCGGGGGCUGUGGUGAUAAAUAAGACGGUCUCUUUGCAAGUUUGAUUUCCAGUCUCGCACAUAAAGGGUUUUAAUGAUUUAGAUUUUGAUAAAUUGAACAGAUUUGAACUUGGAGAAAUCAAACUUCUGCACAAUUCACAAUUGUGAUUAGAAAUGUAGCAUUAGUCGGAAGAAAAUCGUUUAUCAGUUUUUAAUGUUGAUUUAUUAGUUUGAACUUACUAAUUUACGGAGGAAUCGUUUUCGGCGGUGUUAUCGCCUGCUGAUGUGUUUGUUAUGGCGAUUUUCUGUUUAUCAACGAAUACCGCAAUCACCAGCUGCUAACUAGAGGAGUACGAGAAAAUUCACUGGAUCUAUCUAAUAAUGUGUUUCCUGAUAUAAUCACUCGAAUGAAACCAUUUUUGAUGAAAGGUAUGCCCCAGCGGUUGAAAUACCUUUCUAUGGCCCGCAGCGGACUAACCAGUCUUCCAAUGUUUGAACUAACACUAGUCAAUGGCACGUUAACGCAUCUUUCUCUAAUGGACAAUGUUAUAAUACCAUUUAAAUUACCUGUGUUGCGCAAUUUACGCAUACUGGAUCUUCGACAUUGUGGAUUGAGUUAUCUGCCGGACGAAGCUUUCGUCAACACACCCAGCCUAUUUAAGCUAUUCCUAUCGCACAACAGUCUGACAAAGCUAAGUUCGUCUCAAUUUCUAGGACUCACCAGUCUUCGCCACUUGGAUAUAUCUUACAACGCUCAAGAGAAAAUGAGCGGCCUUGCGGGUGAUGAGCAGAUGAUAGAUCCUUAUAAUUCAUUGACCGAGGGACUCUAUUUGAAUGACACUGUAUUCGAUCCCCUGGUGAAUCUAUCCUUCUUAGAUGUAUCGCAUACCAAACUGCUGUCGUACAGUUCGAAGGCAUUCCGCCAUGUAACGGUUAAACAGUUGAGUCUGUGCUACACAGAUAUCGCUAUCAUCGUCGGCUCGAUGAUAAACGGAUCGCUAAGGGUGUUGGAUAUAUCCGGAAAUCCUGGUAUAUCCACGGCUAUCCACCAUGAGCAAAGUGACACGCGAAGCUUCAACAAUAAUUUAGAAAUUCUCGUAUGUGAAAACUCUACAGUGAAACAUUUGGACUGGCUUAGCGGAAUGAUCAAUCUUAAGGUACUGCUACUUGGGACGAACAAUAUAAAUCAGCUGAAAAAUUGUACAUUCGAGAAUUUAGCUGCUCUAGAAAUUCUAGAUUUAAGUGGCAAUCAUAUCAGUAAUUGGCAUCAAAGAGUAUUUACGAAUAAUGCCGAGUUGUAUAUCCUGGAUCUGUCAGAUAAUAACAUUAAUGUGCUGACGACGGAAAUGCUGUACGACUUUGCAAGCGUAAAUUUUCUAGCUAUCGGUCAAAAUAGUUUUGUUUGUCAUUGUUUGCUACGAGAAUUCAUUGAAAUGGCAGCAAAAAAUUCCGAAACCAUAUCGUGCUUGUUGAAUAACUUAGUUGAUCAUUUUCAAACCACAUCCGAUGCGACGAGAUACGACGAGGUAUUGGAAUAUCUGUACAACUCCGGAUUUUUAACUACUGCUAAUCCAAUUGAUGAUAAAGUGCUUAAUGCUAGUACUAAAACAGUAGAUGCAUAUCUAAAAAUUGUAGAAUCCUUCAUAGUGACUGAGUCGUCACUGCCAAACUUCCAAGAGGAAAACUACACUGUGAUUCUCGAGGGCUAUGAGCCAGAAGACAUCAUGAGUUCAAUCGAAGAAUAUGACGUUCUUUCCCGUUUAGUCCAAGGCUACGUCUCCAUUAUCUAUGAUAGUAAUACCAAAUUCCAAGAAUCCCUUAACAAGUAUCGCAUUGAACCAACAGAUCCACGAUUUAUUCGUAUCAAUUGUAGCAAUGACUCUGUAACUACGAAUCAACCAUCAACUAAUGAUCAGCCAAGCAGUACUGAUCCACUAUAUGGAUUACAGUUCCAAAUAAUCGACUUUGACGAAGACAGGUACAAAUGUAUUGAUUUGGAUGAUUCUGAAUUUAAUCUUUUAGAACAGGAAAGGUGCCUUCUCGACAGAUCUGCAUUACUACCGUUUUUGCCCAUAACUAAUAGUACAGCAGCAACCAUAAUUAAGUUUAGUCUGAUCUUUUUUGGGUUCGCACUAGUUUCCUUCAUAAUUUAUAUCUCCAAAUGGGAUCAUAUCAAGUACUUUUGCAUCAUUGUACGCAAUGCCACUAUACUAAGUAUGAUGACACACAAGAGCGAAUCGUUAAUGAGAAAAGAUAGCUUAGCCUCGGUAAUUAGCUGCUACACCUACGAUGUGUUUGUCAGCUACUCGGAACAGGAUCGUCAAUGGGUUCUGGAGCAGCUUCUUCCCAAUCUGGAACAGACGGAGGACAUCAAUGUCUGUCUUCACGAACGAGAUUUCAAGGUCGGAAUAAGCAUCCUUGAGAAUAUCAUUUACUGCAUGGACAAAUCACGCACCUUACUUUUGGUAAUGUCUGAGAGUUUUCUACUGAGUCACUGGUGUCAAUUCGAGAUGCAUCUGGCUCAGCAUAGAAUGCUUGAGACUCGUCGGGAACAGCUUAUCUUGGUUCUUAUAGAGGAUAUCCCGAAGAGUAAAAGACCUAAAACCUUGCAUUUCCUGAUGAAAACGAAAACAUACAUUGUUUGGCCCCAACCGGUACAAGAGAAGGCAACACCAAUUUCCAAUCAUAAUAGACUCGUCAAAAAGAGCAAAAAGUCAACUUCCCGCAAGGAGAAAGAUGUUCAAAUAUUGAACGAGGAGCGAAAGUUAUUCUGGCAACGCCUGCGAAAAGCAAUCCAUGCUGGGGUCGUAUGGGAACCCUACAUCGAUGUGGGAACUCGUGAGAAAGACGCAACUGCUGGAGGCACUAAAACGACACGGAACACUGACCAGAAAAGUAAAACAUAAUUUACUACAUAGAACUAAAUUAGCUUGUAAUCCAUAAUAAAGCUCGGUUAAAGGCCCCGUCUUACCAAUAAACUGUGAUACCACGUACGAAUCAAGUACGCUCAAGUGAAAAGCUCCAAAGACACCGAACCAAACCAGAAGGCGUUUCUGAGAAAUAAAAUCAAACUUGAAAAUUU